AUGAUGGAUUUUGAUGAGCGGGUCCCCGUUGGGUCGAAUAUGUAUUUACCCAGUUGCACUUAUUACGUCUCGGGGACAGACUUUUCGAGCCUCCCUUCUUUUUUGUCCCAGAACCCGUCUUCUCGCCCCAUGACCUAUUCUUACUCCUCUAACCUGCCGCAGGUUCAAUCCGUGAGAGAGGUAACCUUCAGGGACUAUGCCAUUGACACAUCGAGUAAAUGGCACCACAGGGGGAAUCUAUCCCACUGCUACUCAGCAGAGGAAAUGGUGCACAGGGACUGUCUGUCUGGCCCGACCACUCUAGGGGAAAUGUUCGCGAAAAACAGCUCCGUUGCCUACCACUCGAGCUCCAACUCCACGUCUAAUUUCUACGGGAGCGUGGGCAGGAACGGGGUGCUACCCCAAGCCUUUGAUCAGUUUUUCGAGACAGCGUACGGCAACGCCGAAAAUCCGUCAACCGACUGCUCGGUGGAUAGAAAUAUCACCAAGCUGCCUACCGCCCCAAUGUCCGGCUCCGAAGCAUGCCAGGAGAGCGAAGGGAGAGAGCCGCGAGAGGAGUGCAGCAGUCCGGAAUCCUCUUCCGGCAACAAUGAGGAGAAAUCCAACUGCAGCACUGGCCAGAGAACACGAAAAAAAAGAUGUCCCUACACCAAAUACCAGAUCAGGGAGCUGGAGAGAGAGUUCUUUUUCAGUGUGUACAUUAACAAAGAGAAACGUUUGCAACUUUCGCGGAUGUUAAAUCUCACCGACCGUCAAGUGAAAAUUUGGUUUCAGAACAGGAGGAUGAAAGAAAAGAAACUGAACAGAGAUCGCUUACAAUAUUACACCACGAAUCCUUUGCUUUAG